UAAGUACUGCAAUAAACAUAUGUGUGUAUAUGUCUUUAUUUUAAUAAACAGUUUUCUUAAGUCUGUUUUAUUUUAUUUUGGGUGCCACACCUUGUGAUGCUCAGAGGUAAUAUCUGACUCAGCACUCAAGAAUCACUCCUGGCAGUGCUCAGAGGGACCAUACAGGAUGCUGGGGAUUGAAACUGGGUUGGCCACAUGCAAGACCCUACCUGCUUGGCUUUGCUCCAGCCCUAUUUUUUUUAAUUUGUACCUUCAAGUUUGGGGUAGAUGCCAAAAAGUGGGUUAUAUUAAAGCAUUAUUUAUUCUUUGAGAAAUUUCCACACUCUUCUUCAUACAGUUGAACCAGAGACAUUUCCACCAACAGUGAAGGGAGUUCCUUUUUCAUCACAUCCUCCACUAAUACCAGUGACUUCGAGUCUCAAAGUGGAAUAGCACUAUAGCACUGUCCUCCCAUUGUCGAUCGAUUUUGCUCGAUCGGGCAACAGUAACGUCUCCAUUGUGAGACUUGUUGUUACUGUUUUUGGCAUAUUAAAUACGCCACGGGGAGCUUGCCAGGCUCUACUGUGCAGGCAGGAUACUCUUUGUAGCUUGCCGGGCUCUCUGAGAGGGGCAGAGGAAUCGAACCUGCCUCGGCCACAUGCAAGCCAAACACCCUACCCGCUGUGCUAUCACUCCAGCCCAAAGUGGAAUACUUACCAAAACUUUUGACAUACGAACUUUAGCCACACAGUUCUAAGAGAGGUAGAAUAGAUCCAAGGUUUAAUAUUUCUGGUGACUUUAUGCACCUGAUUCUAAAGGGUUGUCUUCCAAAGGAAUUCACUCAUUCAUCAGAAUACAAUUUCAGCGGCCCUUCUGACCAAAGCACUGUACUCCAUGUUGAAAGAAAUUAAUGAAAGUUAACAUGCAGUUUCAAACUUCAGUAGGUUAAUGAUCUUAAUAAGCACAUGCAACAAUAACAAGGGCAUAUCAGAUGUCAAAGGGCAGAGUGCUAAGUUAGUGACAGGGAUCAUGUGUAAUUUAAUUUCAGAGGGAGGGAGUAUACCUGAAAUUAUAUACAUGACUGUAUGUGUUUCAGAUUAGCUAGAGUGGAAAGUGGCUCUCUAGAUUGGGUAGAAUAAAAGAUGACACAUCAGUGUAAGGAGACACCAGAUUCAUUUUUAUCCCUCCCUUCCCUGAGGGGCUGUUGUUGCCAUGACAGGGGUCUUACACACACACACACAUACACAGAUUAUCCUAUCUGUAGUACAUGCACAUUCAGUUGUGUUGCUUGCUGGAGGGUCUUACUCUCAUCACUCAUGGUGCUUAGCACAUUUGGGUAAUCAUUGCAGAGGAUUCUACUCAUUUCUUAAUACUAGAAGUUGUUUUAAACUUACUGGCAUUUUCUGAUCUGGAUACUUUGUUUUGUUGUUUGACUUUGGGGCCACACCCUGAGGCUUUAGGUAUUGCUUUGGCUCUAUGCUCCAGGAUAGCCUAUAAUAAUUUUGGGGGGCCCGAAAUCUAAAGGACUUCCCCAAUGCUAGUCCUUUGAGCACUUUCUCUGGCAGUGGUCUGGAUAACUGUACAUCAGCACUGCAAGUCACUCUUUAUGGUGGGCACACACCAAAACCCCAUAGCUUGAGACAGAGAGACAUAUAACUUACAAGCAUAGCGGAGUGGGAAGGGGAGGAAAUAGUUGUAAUUUAAUAACAGGGAGAAUAAUAAUAUCCCAACUUCUAUUGGUCCCUUACAUUGCUACUACAGGAUUUAUCUUAUUUAAUCUGACCAGCAGAGCAUUAUUAUAUAAAUGUAGUGAAACCUCCUCGCCGUAGCUCUAUAAGGAUCAUAGGAACUGUAAGAAAUGUAUCGAAUGAAACUUAAGCUGUUUUACAGGGCAGGGCAGGAGGCCCCUCAUCCAUAAGUCGCGAGAUCUGCUUUUGCCUGGGUCAUCCCUCCCAAACCCCACAUACUUGAUUAGCCAGGCACCCCAAGAGCAGCUGAGACAGAGAAAUCCCGGGGUGAAUCAAAGCCGAGGAACCUGUGGGGCCAGUGCUUCAGAGGCGGGGUUCCCACAUGAAACGCGGGAGACUGGCCAGGCCAUGGGGUCCCCCACCCCCAGCCUCUCCCGGACUCCUCCGCUGGCCACUCUUAAUUACAAGGUGUGCGGGCCGGCGGCCUGGAGGAGCUGUUUCAGGGCGGGAAGCUUCCCUGGGUAUAUUGUAUUUGUCUAUAAAUACUUCAAAUAGUUCUGUGAAAUGUGCAGCCUUUGAAAGCUGGAGAGGAAGCUGUUGGGAGGCCCCCGGGUCUGCCUUGGAAGAGCGUGGAGAAAGAAGGCGGGUAAACGGCUGGCACGUUCUCAGCGCGGGAGACCAGAGAGGUUUUCUGCCCAGGGCCAGAUGGGGAGGCCAAAGGGGUGGCGGGCAAGACGCUGGAAGCCGCGAUCCGUUAAGGUGACCCAAGCAAUCUGAAAAAGGAAACAAACUUGCCCCCACCCGCGCACCCCCGCUCUCCCCCCCCCCCACACACACACUCGGGGCGUGCUCACGGGGGCCCCAAGGCGGGCGUUUGCAUUCGAAAGGGCAUUUUUCAAAAGGCGGGUUCCGGGGGCACGGGGGGGGGUGUGCACCCGCGGGGGGAAGCGCGCGGCGGGAGCCGUGCCGCAGAGCCGCCCAGCAUCCCCGCUUUGUACUUGCGGCCAAGCGCGGCCCCAGAGUUUCGACCGCGGCCCGGGAGUUGAGGCCACGCCCCCUUUGCAGUGAGCUGGGCGGCCUCUGAUUGGCGCGCGGCGGGCCAAUGGGCGCGCGGGGGCGGCCCGGGCUGUCAGCGCGCGCCGCAGCCGCGCCGGCCCGCAGCCUGUCGGUACCCAGCGCCGAGCCCCCGCAGCCUGCGCAGCCUUUUUCCCGGGGAAGCGCGGAGCCCGCCAGCGGCGCGUCCGGGGUGGCCCGCGCCCCCACGGCCACAGCCUUCCUGCGCUGUAGCGCGCACGGAGCAUGUGCAGACCCGCAGUGGCAAAGGUGCUCUCUUUCCGGGGGGCUUCUGGGCAGUGGUGACUGGCUGUCACGCCGAGAUAGACCUUUCGGGGGAGGGGGCUCUCUCGCCGCGCCUUUGGCGUCGCGGUGCCACUGCGGUGCUCUCGGCGAUCAGGGCGGCGACGGCUCUGGGUUCCGUGCGCCCUUCCUCGACUUCCUCCCACGGCGGCUCGCUCGUUCUUUCCCUCCUCGCGCAGCUCGUUCCAUUCCUUCCUGUACACUCGCCCGCUCACACCCGCUGCCUCCUUCCCGGAGCGGGAGGUCGUGCCAUCAGCGCCGCUUCUCUUCCUCAGCCGAGGGGGACCUCCUCCUCACUUCGGAGAUGCGAUGACAAGUUAAUAUGGGCGUUCAAGCCUCGAUUUCCCAGGAGGAGAAUCGUACCAGGCAACAGUCCCCGAGCCCUUGAAUAGGCCUCCCAGGACGCGCGAGAGGACCCAACCGCAGCAUCCGUCCAGGUGGGACCAGCUGAGCGCGCCGCGGACCAGCGCUUCGUCUCCCAUCCCCGCAUCCCUAAGGCGCGAUCGCAGGAUUGCCUCGAGCUCUCCCCACCCUCCGAACCGGGUUUUUCUUCCCCCUCCUUCGCUGGUGCUGGUGGGCGCCUCGCGGGCCGAGUCCCCGGCGCCUGCUCUGCUUGCCCGAGCUGCCUUUAGCGGUCGCCUCCGCCGCCGCUGCCAGGGACGUGCUGGGAAAGCCGAAGCCCCGGGAGAAGAUGCCGGCCAUCCUGGUCGCCUCCAAAAUGAAGUCGGGACUGCCCAAACCCGUGCACAGCGCCGCGCCCAUCCUGCACGUGCCCCCGGCCCGGGCCGGCCCCCAGCCCUGCUACCUCAAGUUGGGAAGCAAGGUGGAGGUGAGCAAGACCGCCUACCCCAGCCAGAUCCCGCUGAAAUCGCAGGGGCUGCAGGAGCCGGCGGGGGAGGGGCUCGCACUGCGCAAGAGUGGCUCGGUGGAGAACGGGUUCGAUACCCAGAUCUACACGGACUGGGCCAAUCAUUAUCUCGCCAAGUCGGGUCACAAACGUCUCAUCAAGGAUCUCCAGCAAGAUGUGACGGACGGCGUCCUCCUGGCCCAGAUCAUCCAAGUUGUGGCAAAUGAAAAGAUAGAAGACAUCAAUGGCUGUCCAAAGAACAGAUCGCAAAUGAUUGAAAACAUAGAUGCCUGCUUGAAUUUCCUGGCAGCUAAGGGAAUAAACAUCCAGGGGCUGUCUGCCGAAGAAAUCCGAAAUGGAAACCUCAAGGCCAUUCUAGGCCUGUUCUUCAGCCUGUCCCGGUACAAGCAGCAGCAGCAGCAGCCGCCGCCCCAGAAGCAGCUCCUCUCCUCGCCGCUGCCGCCCGGCGCGACCCAGGCGGCCGGGGCCCCCUCCCAGUGCCAGGCUGGCACGCCUCAGCCACAGGUGCCGGCCACUCCCCACGCCCCGUGCCAGCCUCUCCAGGCAGCGCCACCUCAGCAGGCCAAAGCACAAGCUGACAUGCAAUCCAGUGCAUCACCCAAGGAUUCAUCUCAAAGCAAAAUCAUCCGCUUCACUCUGGGUCAGAAAAAGACCUCUAGACUUCCAGGUCCCACUGCCAGGGCAUCUACUGGGGGCAGCGAGGCCAAGACUCGCGGAGGGUCAGUCGCUGCCAACAACCGCCGCAGCCAGAGCUUUAACAACUAUGACAAGUCCAAACCAGUCACCUCCCCGCCCCCACCAGCCAGCAGCCAUGAAAAAGAGCCUUCGGUGAGUCCAGCCUCCUCCCACCCCGGCAUGAGCGAGAAUGCAUCCGCCGUGCUGGAGUGCUCCCUGCCUGCUAGCUGCAGCUCCUCCUCGGCCAUCCCCCAGCCCGGUGCCACCUCCAAGCCCUGGCGGAGCAAGUCCUCGGGCACUGUGAAGCCCAGCGCCACAUCGUGCAUGCUGUCUGUCAAGCAGCCCGUGCCCGAGGGCCCCCGGCCCAGCCCGGAAGCCAUGAAGCCAGCCCCCAACAACCAGAAGUCCAUGCUGGAGAAGCUCAAACUUUUCAACAGCAAAGGGGCUUCCAAGGCGGGCGAGGGCCCGGGCUCCCGGGACACGAGCUGCGAGCGGCUGGAGAGCCUGCCCAGCUUUGAAGAGAGCGAAGAGAUGGAGGCCCCCGGCCGCACGCUCUCUGCCCUGGGCCCCUCGUCCAGCAGCCCCAAGAUCGCCCUCAAAGGCAUCGCCCAGAGGACUUUUAGCCGGGCCCUCACCACCAAAAAGAGCUCCCCGAAAGGCAGCGAGAAGGAAAAGGAGAAGCAACAGCGGGAGAAGGAGAAGGAGAAAAGCAGGGACCUGGCCAAGAGAGUGUCGGUGACGGAGAGGCCGGACCUCCGGGAGGGCACCAAGGAUGACCUGGGCGGGGCCGCCGUGAUCGAGAUGCCGAAAAAGUCCUCCAAGAUCGCCAGCUUCAUCCCCAAAGGGGGGAAGCUCAACAGUGCCAAGAAGGAGGCAGCCGCCCCUGCCCAGAGCGGGAUCCCCAAACCCGGGAUGAAGAGCGUGCCUGUGAAAUCCCCGAGUGCCCCGGCCCCUUCCAAGGAGGCUGAGCGGAGCCGGGCCGGGAAGCCGGGCUCAGGGCUCUCCCAGCAGAAGCCCCCGCUGGACGGCAGACACUCCAGCUCCUCCUCCAGCCUGGCGUCCUCCGAGGGCAGGGGCCCCGGGGCGGCCACCCUGAACCACAGCAUCAGCAGCCAGACUGUCAGUGGGUCUGUGGGCACCACCCAGACCACGGGAAGCAACACUGUCAGUGUGCAGCUACCUCAGCCCCAGCAGCAGUACAGCCACCCCAACACGGCCACGGUCGCGCCUUUCCUGUACAGGUCCCAGACAGACACGGAAGGGAAUGUCACUGCCGAGUGCGGCUCUGCGGGCGUAAGCAUGGAGCCAAGCCACUACACCAAGAGUGGACAGCCCGCUCUGGAAGAACUCACCGGGGAAGACCCUGAGGCUCGGCGACUACGGACAGUGAAAAACAUCGCUGAUCUGCGGCAGAAUUUGGAAGAGACCAUGUCCAGUUUACGGGGAACUCAGGUUACACACAGCACCUUGGAAACCACUUUCGACACCAACGUCACCACGGAGAUUAGUGGGCGCAGCAUCCUCAGCCUGACGGGGAGGCCCACCCCGCUGUCCUGGAGGCUCGGCCAGUCCAGCCCGCGGCUCCAGGCGGGAGACGCCCCUUCUCUGGGCAACGGGUACCCGCCGCGCGCCAACGCCAGCCGCUUCAUCAACACCGAGUCGGGCCGCUACGUGUACUCGGCCCCGCUGAGGAGGCAGCUGGCCCCCAGGGGCAACAGCCUCUGCCACGUGGACGUCUCGGACAAGGCGGGCCCGGACCUGGAGCUGGAGGCCAUCAGCAUGGACGCGCCGGGCUACAUGAGCGAUGGGGACGUGCUGAGCAAGAACAUGCGCGCCGACGACCUCACGAGCGGGUACAUGACGGAUGGCGGACUCGGCCUCUACACACGCCGCCUGAACCGGCUCCCCGAUGGCAUGGCCGUGGUGCGGGAGACGCUGCAGAGAAAUACCUCCCUGGGCCUCGGAGACGCCGACAGCUGGGAUGACAGCAGCUCCGUCAGCAGCGGGAUCAGCGACACCAUCGACAACCUGAGCACGGAUGACAUCAACACCAGCUCCUCCAUCAGCUCCUAUGCCAACACACCUGCCUCGUCCCGCAAAAACCUGGACGUGCAGACCGACGCCGAGAAGCACUCCCAGGUGGAAAGGACGGCCCUGUGGCCUGGCGACGAUGUCAAGAAGUCAGACGGCGGGUCUGACUGUGGCCUAAAGAUGGAGCCAGGUUCCAAGUGGCGGCGGAACCCCUCAGACGUGUCCGACGAGUCGGACAAAAGCACGUCGGGCAAAAAGAACUCUGUCAUCUCACAGACGGGCUCAUGGCGGCGGGGCAUGACCGCUCAGGUGGGCAUCACCAUGCCACGGACGAAGCCCACCGCCACAGCCGGCACGCUGAAGACCCCAGGAACUGGAAAAACAGACGACGCCAAGGUGUCCGAGAAAGGAAGGCUGUCCCCCAAAUCCGCCCAGGUGAAGCGUUCCCCAUCGGACGCCGGCCGCAGCAGUGGUGACGAGUCCAAAAAGCCCCUCCCCAGCAAUUCCAGAACGCCCACGGCCAAUGCCAACAGCUUCGGGUUCAAGAAGCAGAGUGGCUCGGUGGCCGGUCUGGCCAUGAUCACAGCCAGCGGGGCCACGGUCACCAGCAGGUCCGCCACCCUGGGCAAGAUCCCAAAGUCGUCCGCUCUGGUGGGUCGGUCGGCAGGCCGGAAGACGAGCAUGGACGGGAUGCAGAAUCAGGACGAUGGUUAUCUGUCUCUCAGCUCCCGCACGAACCUGCAGUACCGGAGUCUGCCAAGGCCCAGCAAGUCCACCAGCCGGAACGGGGCUGGGAACAGGUCUAGUACCAGCAGCAUCGAUUCCAACAUCAGCAGCAAGUCCGCAGGCCUGCCUGUGCCCAAGCUGAGAGAGCCUUCCAAGACGGCCCUGGGCAGCUCUCUGCCAGGUCUGGUCAACCAGACGGAUAAGGAGAAAGGCAUCCCAUCGGACAACGAGAGUGUGGCUUCCUGUAACUCGGUCAAGGUGAACCCUGCCGCCCCACCGGUGUCCAGUGCCACUCAGACCUCCUUGCAGCCAGGGGCCAAGUACCCGGAUGUGUCCUCUCCUACUCUCCGCAGACUCUUUGGUGGAAAGCCUACCAAGCAAGUGCCCAUCGCCACAGCCGAAAACAUGAAAAACUCGGUGGUCAUCUCCAACCCUCAUGCCACCUUGACCCAGCAAGGGAACUUAGAGUCCCCCUCAGGCAGCGGCGUCCUGAGCAGCGGGAGCAGCAGCCCUCUCUACAGUAAGAACGCGGAUGUCAGCCAGUCUCCGCUAGCCUCCAGCCCCGGCUCGGCCCACUCGGGCCCCUCCAACAGCCUCACGUGGGGCACCACCGCCAGCAGUUCGUCCGCAGUUAGCAAGGAUGGCCUGGGCUUCCAGUCUGUCAGCAGCCUCCACACCAGCUGCGAGUCCAUUGACAUCUCCCUCAGCAGCGGAGGGGCGCUCAGCCACAAUUCCUCCACGGGCCUCCUCGCCUCCUCUAAGGACGACUCCCUGACGCCCUUUGUCAGGACCAACAGUGUCAAGACCACACUGUCCGAAAGCCCUCUCUCUUCCCCUGCCGCUAGCCCUAAGUUCUGCAGAAGUACUCUGCCCAGGAAGCAGGACAGUGACCCGCACCUUGAUAGGAACACUUUGCCUAAGAAAGGACUCAGGUAUACUCCCACCUCCCAGCUUCGCACACAAGAAGAUGCAAAAGAAUGGCUGCGGUCCCAUUCGGCGGGCGGCCUGCAGGACCCAGCCGCCAACUCCCCCUUUUCCUCCGGUUCCAGUGUCACCUCCCCCUCGGGAACGAGAUUCAACUUUUCCCAGCUUGCGAGUCCCACCACGGUCACCCAGAUGAGCUUGUCCAACCCGACCAUGCUGAGGACCCACAGCCUCUCCAACGCCGAUGGGCAGUAUGACCCCUACACUGACAGCCGCUUCCGGAAUAGCUCUAUGUCCCUGGAUGAAAAGAGCAGGACCAUGAGCCGCUCGGGCUCUUUCCGGGAUGGGUUUGAAGAAGUUCAUGGAUCCUCCCUCUCCCUGGUUUCGAGCACGUCAUCAAUUUAUUCUACACCGGAAGAAAAGUGCCAGUCUGAGAUUCGCAAGCUACGGCGGGAGCUGGACGCCUCCCAGGAGAAGGUCUCUGCGCUGACCACUCAGCUGACUGCAAAUGCGCAUCUCGUGGCAGCUUUCGAACAGAGCCUAGGAAACAUGACCAUCAGGCUCCAGAGUCUGACCAUGACGGCCGAGCAGAAGGAUUCAGAGCUGAAUGAGUUAAGAAAAACCAUCGAGCUGCUGAAGAAACAGAAUGCAGCUGCUCAGGCUGCUAUCAACGGAGUGAUUAACACCCCGGAACUCAACUGCAAAGGCAAUGGCCCCUCGCAGUCGGCCGACCUCCGCAUCCGCAGGCAGCACUCCUCCGACAGCGUCUCCAGCAUCAACAGCGCCACCAGCCACUCCAGCGUGGGUAGCAACAUAGAGAGCGACUCCAAGAAGAAGAAGAGAAAGAACUGGUUACGCAGCUCCUUCAAGCAAGCUUUCGGGAAGAAGAAGUCCCCCAAGUCGGCUUCCUCUCAUUCCGACAUCGAGGAGAUGACAGAUUCUUCUUUGCCUUCCUCACCAAAGUUGCCACAUAACGGCUCCACGGGCUCCACUCCACUGCUGAGGAAUUCUCAUUCCAACUCUCUGAUUUCCGAGUGCAUGGACAGCGAAGCCGAAACGGUCAUGCAGCUCCGAAAUGAGCUGAGAGACAAGGAGAUGAAGCUCACGGACAUCCGCCUCGAGGCCCUCAGCUCUGCGCACCAGCUCGACCAGCUCCGGGAGGCCAUGAACCGGAUGCAGAGUGAAAUCGAGAAGCUGAAGGCGGAGAACGACCGGCUGAAGUCGGAGUCCCAGGGCAGCGGCUGCAGCCGGGCGCCCUCCCAGGUGUCCCUCUCAGCCUCCCCCCGGCAGUCCCUGGGCCUCUCCCAGCACAGCCUGAACCUCACGGAGUCCACCAGCCUGGACAUGUUGCUGGAUGACACUGGUGAAUGCUCGGCUCGGAAGGAAGGAGGCAGGCAUGUUAAGAUAGUUGUCAGCUUUCAGGAGCAAAUGAAGUGGAAGGAGGAUUCCAGACCCCACGUCUUUCUUAUUGGCUGCAUUGGAGUCAGUGGCAAGACGAAGUGGGAUGUGCUCGAUGGGGUGGUUAGACGGCUGUUCAAAGAGUACAUCAUUCACGUGGACCCGGUGAGUCAGCUGGGGCUGAAUUCCGACAGCGUCCUCGGCUACAGCAUAGGGGAGAUCAAGCGCAGCAACGCCUCCGAAACCCCGGAGCUGCUCCCGUGCGGCUACCUGGUGGGCGAGAACACCACCAUCUCGGUGGCCAUCAAAGGGCUGGCAGAGAACAGCCUGGACUCGCUGGUGUUCGAGUCCCUCAUCCCCAAGCCCAUCCUGCAGCGCUACAUCUCCCUGCUGGUGGAGCAUCGGCGCAUCAUCCUGUCGGGCCCCAGCGGCACUGGGAAGACCUACCUGGCCAACCGCCUCUCGGAGUACCUGGUGCUGCGGGAGGGCCGAGAGCUGACAGAUGGUGUCAUUGCCACCUUCAACGUGGACCACAAGUCCAGCAAGGAGUUGCGCCAGUACCUGUCCAACCUCGCCGACCAGUGCGCCAGCGAGAACAGCGCCGGGGACAUGCCGCUCGUCAUCAUCCUGGACAACCUGCACCACGUCAGUUCCCUGGGCGAGAUCUUCAACGGGCUGCUCAACUGCAAGGACCACAAAUGCCCUUACAUCAUCGGCACCAUGAACCAGGCUACCUCCUCCACGCCCAACCUCCAGCUGCACCACAACUUCCGGUGGGUGCUUUGUGCCAACCACACGGAACCCGUGAAGGGGUUCCUCGGCCGCUUCCUGAGGCGGAAACUCAUGGAGACGGAGAUCAGUGGGCGAGUGCGGAAUGUGGAGCUGGUGAAGAUCAUUGACUGGAUCCCCAAGGUCUGGCAUCACCUCAACCGCUUCCUGGAGGCGCACAGCUCCUCGGACGUCACCAUUGGCCCCCGGCUCUUCCUGUCCUGCCCCAUCGACGUGGACGGUUCUAGGGUGUGGUUCACGGACCUGUGGAACUACUCCAUCAUCCCCUACCUCCUGGAAGCUGUCAGAGAAGGACUCCAGCUCUACGGGAGACGCGCCCCCUGGGAGGACCCUGCCAAGUGGGUGAUGGACACCUACCCGUGGGCCGCCAGCCCGCAGCAGCACGAGUGGCCACCCCUGCUACAGCUCCGACCAGAGGAUGUGGGUUUCGACGGCUACUCCGUGCCCCGGGAGGGGUCGGCGAGCAAGCAGAUGCCCCCCAGUGAUGCCGAAGGAGACCCACUGAUGAACAUGCUGAUGCGGCUGCAGGAGGCGGCCAACUACUCCAGCCCCCAGAGCUAUGACAGCGACUCCAACAGCAACAGCCACCACGACGACAUCCUGGACUCGUCCCUGGAGUCGACCCUAAAACAAUAAAAAAAAAAAAAGGGACUCACUUGAAGCUCUGAAACCAAACAGCAUCCUACCAGCGGCCGCUCAGAGACAUUCAGGACUGGAGCCAAGCUGGAGAGAGGCAGGACGUGGCUUCCCCUGAGCCCACCAGGAGCCUCUAGACCCUAGGGGGCUGCUGUCAGCACCCCAAGGCCAUGCCGGCCCGGAAGAACAGGUGCCAGCCAGGGCCUGAGCCUGCCCAGGACAUGCCCCAGAGCUCCCACACUGCGGGCCUCGCCCGACACCAAGCCUACUUCCUGUUUCGUUGUUUCUAAUGGUGCUCCCUCUCCCCAGAGGCCGUCCGCCCGUUCUUCCUUUCCACCCACCCCUUUGGGACACGACUCCCAGACAUGACGCACAGGGAGCGCGAGAGAAGGCUCGAGAGUGUCCUUGCGUGUGUCCACGAAGCGGCCAGUGGGGAAACACGCAGACCAGAAACAUCUGAUUCCGCCCCCCGCCCCAAGCCCAAGACGAACCAGGCUUUCUUGUUCUGCGAGCACUGUGUGGGGACGCGGACAGUUCUACCUCGGAGAGCUGAUUUCCCUCCUCCCUAGUCGCCCAUCCCCACCCAGGAACGAGGAGUCUCUCCCGCCCCCGACUCUCAAAUUUGAAAGCUGUCUCUCCAGCCCCCCCGGGGUGAGACUCUGGCCUUGGGUGGAAGGAAGAACCGCAGGAGCUGUUUGGGUUUGGUCCUGCUGAGUUUUGGUUUUCGGCUUGUCUGCCCAUCCUUACGUUGGACACACUCACCUCCUCUGCCGCUGGGGACCGGGUGGACCGGGGGUGGACGGGGCCCUUGUGUGCCCUCGCCUUCCCCUCUCGUCCUCCAGGCCGCACUGCCCCGCUCUCAGCAGCACCUCAGGCGUGCCAGCCCCUGACCUCAGGUGAGGUGGGGAGGUCACCCCGGCGAAACCCUGCACUUUCCUCAGAACCGACCAUCACGAUGCAAGUCCGCAGUGGGGGGACCCCAUGCCCGCCUCCGUCCCCACGGGCCUGGCUGUGCUCCAUGGUGCUGACCCUCCCCAAGUGAUGCCUUACUGGUUUUGUACUAACCGUGUUCAUGGAUGCGUGUCGUGCCUGCCUGGGACCCGUCAUUUUCUUUCAUUUCCGUUUAUCCCAUCAGAGCAAACAGGGCUAGAAAGAAAAAAAAGAAAAGAAAAGAAAAAAAAAAAAACAGAAGUCAUCCACUCACUAGGAGAAGUCGAGUCGCUGUGACUUUUCUCAUCCAAAAAGACUCAUCCGUGCGAUUGCGUGACCCUGGGGUGGGGUGGGCGUGCAUUUUCUUCAGUUCUUAUCGGUCUCCAGCUAAUUCCCCACCGCC